GUUUUCAUUUCUACGUACAAUAGUAACAAACUCAGGGUGGUGCGGUCAAUUUUUCUGCCAGUUUCGACAGUUUUUCUGCAAAAGUCGCUUGGUAAAGUUCGCGUAUCGCGGGUGGAAAAUGUAAAGAAAAGCCUGAAAAGCAAAAAGGGUGUUGUUGUGAAAUGUGCUGUGAUCGGAGAGUGCGUGAAAGAUAAGAAAAAUACCCCGUGCAAAGUGACUGGAAAUCGGUGGAGUUUGUGCAAAAUCCCCCAGAAAAGUUUUUUUUGCCAAAAGUCUGGGGCACUCAUUUUGGGGUGCAAAAAAAAACUUGUGCGAAGGGGAAGAAGAAAAAUAGUGUUUUGUGGCUAAAGAGGAGCUCAAAAGGACACCCAAAUGUUUCACAAAAUGUCUACGAGGUCCCAACUCACGAAAGAUCUGAACGAGAGUGUGAAAGCAUUGCUGGGUCGUCAUACAAAAAUACUGGUCAAAUAUAUUGUAAAGUUGGAGACGAAAGGCGACAAGACAGAAAACAGGGUACUGGUUUUUACACCAGUUCGAAUAUACUUGCUGAUUGCUAAGGUGCCCACAAAAAUAGACUGCCAUUUUCAUUACUUAGAUAUUCAAUCAAUUGAAAGCAAGAGGCCAACACAUUUUUCAAUUACAACCAAUGAACGCACUUACUCCUUCGUGACAACUGGUGAUGCAGGGAAUUUCAGCUCUAAUGCCGAUGUAAUUCUCACAGAUUUAACAUCGUCAAUAAAGCAGAUUUUUCCAACAGUUCCUCUCAAGUAUAUCAUCAGAAAGAUUGACGUACAGCCGACAGAACGGGAAACGAUAUUCUCAGACGAAUUGAGGCCAUCGGAUCCAAGAAAUUUGGGUCCAUGUGGCGGUUUUAGCACGCAAUAUGCAUGUAUGUGUGAUUAUCAUGGUGUCCCCUACAGAGAGGAAGUUGCUUGGGAUAUUGACACAAUCUAUCUAUCUCACGAUACGAGAAUAUUAAAUUUACGAGAUUUCGAUCAUCUAGAACCAAAGGACUUGAUGGCGAUAAUAUCAGCCCUGGAAUACAACACAUUUUUCCGUGGAUUAAAAGUUUCCCAUACGCGCCUUUCCAAUGAGUCACUCGAUAGAAUCCUUCACGUUUUGCGACGGUCAAUGUGGCUGGAGGAGUUACAUUUGGAAGCUUUAGGACUUCGGUCUGACUUUCUUCAUAAGCUGGCUGUAUCUGUGAUCACCAAUAAUAAUCCAGCUCUUCGUACCAUUGAUUUAAGUCACAAUGUCAUCGAAGAUAAAGGUGCAACUUCCCUGUGCGCCCUUGUGGGGAAAUUAGUGCAAGGCGCCAUUCACUUAGCUGGACCUAUAGCCAAAGUAUCGAAAGGUCUCUGUAAAUUAUCCCUGUCACACUGUGGAUUAACGGCAAAGGGUGUUAAUCAAAUUGCCCAUUCACUCUCCCUCAAUCAGAGCAUUUCCAAUUCACUGACCUAUUUGGAUCUCAGCGGGAACAAUUUAAAAGAUGACAUUAACAAUUUAUACAAUUUUCUUGCUCAACCCAAUGUACUGGAACACUUGAACAUUUCUGCCACGGACACCACUUUGGAAAAUCUGUUUGGUGCCCUUCUGCGAGGAUGCGGAACUCACUUGGCACACCUCAAUGUAUCACACAAUUCGUUCAACACGAAAAAAGGAAAAGAAAUCCCACCGUCUUUUAAGCAAUUUUUUACAAGUUCGCUGAGUUUGAAACAUGUCAAUAUUUCUUACUGUAAACUUCCCAUGGAGGCCCUCAAACACCUCCUUCUGGGUUUGGCGUGCAAUGAGUCCACAGCUGGCCUGUAUUUAGAUCUAAGUUGCAAUCAAUUGGGUUCUCAGGGAGCUCAUGUUCUUGAAUCGUGUAUUCAUGGGGUUCGUGUUCUUCAGAGUUUGGACAUUAGCGAUAAUAAUUUGGAUGCUGAAUUGUCACCAGUACUUACGGCAAUUGGGAAGAAUCCGUCAAUCAAGAGCCUCCACAUGUCCAGGAGUUUCACGGGGAUGAAAGUGAAACAUAUUGGAUCUGUUAUGGAGGCUCUUGUGGCCUUAGUGCAGAAGGAUGACUUCCCACUGACGGAAUUGGUGUUGUCGGAAAAUAAAUUACGCAAUGAUAUUCACAAUUUUAUCAAUGCAUUGGGUAGCAAUCAAUCGCUGCAGAUGUUGGACAUUACGGGAAAUCUUAUGGGAGAUAUUGGGGCAAGAUUACUGGCUAAAGCACUGCAGAUCAAUAAUAAACUGCGAGCAAUUUCAAUGGAUCGCAAUAAUAUAACACUUCAGGGAUAUUCGGAUAUUGUCUAUGCUCUUGAAAAUAACUAUAGUAUGAGAAAUAUUCCCUUUCCGGUCUUUGAUAUGGCUCCAUGCUUGAAGAAUCAUCCCGAAAAGACGGAUAGUGUUAUGAGGAGAAUGCAGGAAUUGCUGCAGAGAAAUGGGAAUGGUUUAAAGAGGAGCAAUGGUCAGGGAUUUAGAUUGCAACAUGGAUUUUUACUAUCAUCAACGCAUCAACUUAUUGAUAAACUCGUGUCUGAGACUCAGGAAACGAUGUCUCUGCGUCAGAAUUCCAAUGAUACGGGAGUUCAACGAUUGCUGGACGAUGCUGAAAAUUCUAAGCAGCUUCUGCCAAAAUUGCAAGAAGCUGUACGAUGUGAAAUGCAUCCGAUUGAGGUGAAAUUGGGGCGUGUGGCAAAUGAUUUGAGCCAUGUUAUUCAGGCUUAUCUUGAGGAAACGAUGGAGACAAUGCUGAGGACGGGUGUAGACCAGUGUCCAAAAUCGCUGGGCAAUCAGAAUGUUAUCAACGAACUGAGGAAGAACUGCUUGGAGAGACUCAAUGUGUCUGAAGAAUUUCUCACAAGUUGCAUCGUUAAUAGUGCUGGAAGUGAAAUUAUGAAUAAAAUCAGUGAAGUGGAACAAGCUCUUGCUGGUGUAAUUGCCGAUCGUGCCACUGAUGAAGUUGUCGAAGCACUGACGAGAUACAGAAGAGGAUUGGGCAUUGCAGAUUCUCCACACUUAACCUACGAUGAUCUCAAUACGCCCGAUGUUCUCAGGAGUAGAUCUAACCAGAACUUCAAAGAUUCAAUGGGACUUAUGUCGUUGGAAACUCAUGGGUUGGAUCUGCCAAAGUUGGGACUUGAUUCACCAACAAAAUUGGAAUAUUUAAAUCUCGCAACGCCCCAUUUGACGUCCAAACGACGGUCAAUUGCCAAGAAGGUGCGCCCACAGUCGGUGGUGGGCUUGGGCAUUGAGAAUCUGAGUUUGGGCCAUAUUCCGGACUUGCUGGAGAGUCCGGUGUCUCAUAGGAGUGGGGUGCAUGAGAAGAUGGAUGAGAAUUGUGAUUCAAUCACUGAAUUGCCCAGUACUUCGCAUCAGUUGCAGCAUUUGGUUAAGGGGAGGCCCAAGAGGGCAAAAACGAGGGCUCCCACGAGACCACUGUUGCAGGAGCAUACAAGUCACGGAGAUGGACUGGAACAAUUUUUCAGGCCAGGCUCUGUGACUCCCACAACCAUCACGCCACUCGUGAGUCCGACAUCUGAGGAAUGCAGCUCACUGAGUUUUGUGGAUAGUCCGACGAUGAGUCGGGAUGAGAAUGGAAAGUUUUGUAGCAUGACAUCGGGUGAGACUACGCCAAUUCUCGAGGAGAGGCGUCCAGUGAAACUCGAGAGGAAUUCACCACUGAUGAAGGGUGUUGUCUGGACACCACGUUCACGGUCAACGGACAAUUUGGAGAAGUGUAGUCCGGUUAUUGGGCGAAAAUCGCCUCUUGUGAAAAUGAACACUGAUGCAAGUCCUACAACAAUGGGGCAGCAUGGGCAGCAGCCAGUGGGGAAUCAUGAGACUGAGGAAAGACUGAUACCGCCAGUGAAUCACGAUGGGGGCAAACUCAGGUCACCCAGUAGUGAAUCCAUCAAGAGUCACGUGGCGGAUCUCAAGACAGCUCCUGGAAAUGGAAUUGUCAAGACACCACUGAUCAGUCCGAAACCAAGACCCUGGUCAGUGGCGGGAAAUGAAGCAAAAUCCGAUUAUGGCAGUGGAAGUGACUCCACAAAAACCACUCCCGAUGGCAUUGACAAUGAUGUGGAUGUUGUUCCGAUUGCCGGACAAGCUCCUGGUGGCUCAAUUGUGGGCAUAAGUCCGGGAAUAGCCCUGGGCGGUGGUGGUGGAAGUAUUGUGGGUAUUACACCCGGAGCUGCCUUGGAGAGGAAAUCAGUUAGAGAUUUGGCUGCUGGAUUAAAUCGUCUUGGAGUUGUUGAUCCAAGUAAAAAACCAACCCCUUUGCCCAGACAAUCCUAUAUCACCAGCAAUAAUAACAAUAGCUGUAGUGUUAAUAUGAAUGCAACGAAUGCUGUGAAUGUAGUGGAAAGUCCUUCUAGUCCACCAUUGGAUGCUGCAAAACCCGAAUCCGUCCGCAAAAUUGCUGGCAAAAAUAUUUCCACCCUCUUUGAGGAGACGUUAGUUGAAGGACUGCAGAAAUCCUACCUCCGUCAAACAAUUUACAAGGAAACGCAAUAUACCAAGGAUGACUCUGUCGACGUAUAGUUUAGCGAUUGUGUACACUCUUUAAAAUCCGGUCUCUCGAUUCUGUUUUUUUUAUUUUUGACCACGAAGACUCACGAAGAUUUUUUUAAAAAGUUUUUUUAUUUCUGUAAAUAGACAUUCAAAUUUUAUGCAUCAGACAUAUUUUAAUUUUCUCGGAGAGAGCAGCAAAAGCGAUUCAAUUAAUCGGACAAAUGGUACACGUUUUUUAGCAAUUGGAAUAUAAGGACUGAGGAGUAAUUCGAAGUAUUUUAAGAAAUCUUCCAAAUUUCAGAAUUAUUUUUUAAUCCAAAUUGAUGAACAUUUCUUUUUCUUGGUUCUGAAGAUAAAAAAAACGGUGCCAAUUCAAAAGAAGAGCUAAAAGAAAGUUAUUCUGUAGAAGACUAAAUUUGUGAAGUAGUUGGUUCAGAACUUUCGAGGGGAUUUUUCGAGAAAAUAAAUUAUUUCUCUUAAAAUUCUCAAUAACCUAAUUGUGAAAUUAUUACCCUAGUCUAUUUGGAAAGUUUUCAAUUUUCAAACAUAUUUUCAUAUUUAGAGAGGAUUAAACAAGACAAAAAAAUCUAUUAAUCACAGUUCAUAUACACAUUAUAUUUAAACAAAAAAAAUAAAAGAAAAUUGAAAAAUUGUGAAAUAUAGUAUUUAGUAGACGGAUUAGGAUUAGAGUUCAAAACGGUCUUAAACAAUUCAUUCGUAGUUUUUUCGAAACAAACAACAACAAAAAAACAUCAAACGAGACAAACCCACGAAAAAGUAGAAUUAACGUUUAAAAGGAAAACACAAAAAAGUUUUUAAAUCCGAUUUUUUCUCUGUGCAAAUUCCUGUAUUUUUCUGGACAUUUUUCUCACGAAACUUGAGAUAAACAUUACAUAUUUUCCACUGAAACAUUCCAGCAAUUUUUUGAGAGAUUGUGGACUCUUAAGGCAGAUGCAACUGUCUCUAAAUGGAUUUUCCUGAGAUUUUAUGGUUUUUUUUUGUAACAUUUAUGUUUUUCUGCGAAGAGGCAUUUUCUGUCCUGUGAUUUCUGUUGAAACUUUUGACUAACAAUCUUUUGCGUUUUUUUUCUGCCAAUUUUUCCGAAGAUGAAAUUACUGUAGCGGGAAAGUAUAAUCUAAGAAAUAUAGUGUUCGAUAUGA